AUGGACGGAGCAACUAUUUAUGCGCUGUUCGGAACGGCCGAUAACUCGCGCGAGCCGCAACCCUUGGUGAACAAGCCCGCGACUGUUCUGGGCGUGGUCAUCACCUUUGCGAUUGUAUCGUGGAUAUGUGUCGCCUUCCGGAUGUAUGUGAGGGCCAGGUUGGUCCAGUCAUUAGGUUGGGAUGAUUUCUUCGUGAUAUUAUCGCUGUUGAGCACAACCACUGGCUCCGUGGGGAUUUGUGUUGCCACCAAGUAUGGGAUGGGAAGACAUAUCUUUACCCUCUCUGCGAUAGAGGUUCAAAACUACCUUCGAACAUUUUACGUCGCAAACGCCUCCUAUCAAAUGUCCACCGCCUUUAUCAAAAUCUCUCUCCUAUUUCAGUACCUCCGCAUCUUCGACCGACCCUGCUUUCUUCGAUCAGUAUGCAUCUACCUGAUCAUCUUCAUCAGCCUUUGGGCCACUGCCUACUCGAUUUUGGGAUGGAUCCCGUGUGUGCCAGUUGCGGCGUACUGGGACUGGACCAUACCGGCGAAGCGCUGGGCGUACGGCUCGCUCCAGGCCGACAUAUUCUCGAGGACAUACGAGAGCCAUUCUUCAACAAACUUUGUGUUGGACGUUUUGGUGCUCGCCAUCCCGAUUCCUCUCUACUUCAGACCCCAGCAGUCGUUCAAGUCAAAGUUGAGAUUACUUGCACUGCUGAUCAUUGGCGUUGCAGUAAACGGUGUCUCCGUUGUCCGUGUAUACUCCAUCAUCCAGCACAAAUCCGCCACGAGUCCGACCCUGGACCCGAUGUGGUACGGCGCACUCAGCAUCGUCUUGUCCGCCGUCGAAGUCGACCUGGCCAUGGUAGCCAGCAGCGUCCCCAUAUUCUGGCCUGUCCUGCGCCAGCGGUUCCCCGGCAUCUUCGUCACCAAGGAGGUCAAGGUUACGAGGGAAGUUCGCAGGUUGGAGAGCGUGGAACUCGACGACGACAUGGAGAUGGAACCGGAUCGGAGGUCGCGGGUCGGCAGCGAAGCAAGUCUUCGGCAAGAGAAUAUGAAUCAGGGAGGAGGAGGAGGAGCAGGAGGAGGGGCGGGCGGGCAGUAUCUGGACGAGUUUAUCGUGAGCCAGGUCGAUCCGCUGAGAAAGGACAAGACUACGGUCACGGAGGUCAAGGCAGGUGAAGAGGUUCAGGGGAGUUGGUGGCAAAAGGGGCGUUUAUCGUGA